AAAAAAAAGAGCAAAACACUGGCUGGCCAUAGCUAACCGAUAGCCGGAGUAGCAGGAGGCGGAAGCACGUCAGUGAGCGAAAGACGAAGAAAUGGGCGCGCUCUGCCUGCUCCCCUCCACCCCGCCGUCCUGCUCGGGCCGUGGUCUAUCCCAUCCACCGCGCCCGCCCGGAUUCCUGGCGACGCCGCUGCUGUCCCCCUCCUGCUGUUCCUCAUGGCCGCAGCUCCGGCUCGAGGGCGGGCGGCGUCGGCGGCUCCCCGGCGUGGCGCGGGUCGGCGGGGAGAAGAGCGGCAAGGACGGUGGAGCGGAUUUCUUCCGGGAGGAUGGCGUGGUGGACGACAUGGACGGGUACCUCAACUACCUGUCCCUCGAGUAUGACUCCGUCUGGGACACCAAGCCUGCGUGGUGUCAGCCUUGGACAAUCUUGCUAUCCGGAGCUAUUGCAGUCGCCGGUAGCUGGUUGCUCAUCCACUCUGCUGUGAUUACUGGAGGCGUUUCUUUUGUAAUAUGUGCAUGGUGGUACAUAUUUCUUUAUUCCUAUCCUAAGGUAUACACUGAGAUGAUCACGGAGAGGAGAAAAAAGGUGUCCAGUGGUGCUGAAGAUACCUACGGGAUGGAGAAAUUGUAGCUUUCGUCAUAGUUUUACUUCCAGAGAUUGUUAGAAAGUUACUGUGCAGAUUGCACCCAUGAUCUGUAAAAUUUGUUUCCCAGAAAUCUACAUGGAAAUAUCAAAUAUUGGAGCCACGCUGUCGUGGUUUCUCAGAUAUUUAUUCU